GACAUCUCAUCUAUCAAUCGGAAUCAGCUGUUUAAUAAAUAAUUCAUUUUUUUUUAUUAUUUUAAUUAAUAAAUAGAACAGUGUAUGUAAUAAAAUCAACAUGAAAACAAUUGUCGAAAAAACUGCGAAAGAUUAUAGCAAAUAUAUCGACAAUAUAAAUUUAAAUGAGAAGCUAGAACCAGUUAACAAAGCCCUAGACGAUAUGCUAACCCGCCUAGAAGAGUUCGAAACGAUGCUGUCUUUCAUACAACCAGACGUUAACGAUUCCACAGACAUCUUAAAGUCAAUAUUAAACUACAAACCUGAAUUCGAGGAGCUAUGCGAGAAAAUCGACGCUACAGAGUUUUUGAUAGCUCACAUCAAAAGCAACCUAGAUAAUUUGGAAGCUAAAAUCGAGGAAGCAGAAGCUAAAAUGGGAGUUUCUGAUGCUACGGCUAAAGUUACAAAUAUAUUUACGCCUCUUUUUAAAAAGUCACCAGAGAAACACAUCAGUCCAAGUCCUACAUUGGAACUAUUUAAAACUGAAGAAUAUUUUAGGCAAGAAUAAUAUACAUAUUUUAUUUUAAUUCUUACUUGUUUUAUUUUUUUGUGUGGUCUCAAUCUAUUUGCCAUGUUGAGGGUGCAUAAAUUAACACUAGCAUGUCAGACAGCCGUAUUAAUUGAAUUCCAAAGUCUAUAUAGUUCCAUUAAAUUGUCAUUUGAAUGUUGCAAGAUGUUUGAAAAAACUAUUGAAGCAACGUUGAAACUAUCCGGUAGAGAUAUGUAGAUAAUUCAAUUGUCCAUAAUUCAAGCCUAAUUACAUUAGGAUCAGAUUGAAAUUAGAAAAG